AAUUACGUGGAUUAUUAUACAUUGCAUAAUUAUAUCUUUUCUAGUGAGCAUGGUUCAUAUUUCUUAUCAAGAAUUUGUGUCAGCACCUUUAGUAACUUCCAGGAAUGCAAAUGAUAUUAAAACGUCUCAUUUAUUUUUUCCAAGAAUCGCCAUCUGCUCCAUUAACAGGAUUAGUUUGCAAUCUGCGAAAAAACUGGCGAUCAAUAUUUCUAAUGCAAAAGUCACGAACCGAUCAGUCGAUGAAAUUCUCAAUUUGAUAAUGCAGCUGGGUAAUCUGUAUGUUUCUAUGAUGGUCAUAGAUAAUAGCAAUGAUGUGGAAUUAGAUAAACUUUUAACAACUUAUUACAACGGGUCUUAUGAUAUCGCUCAAAUAAUGAAAACUUUGACGCCACAAUGUUCGACGACGUUAUUGAAAUGUAUGUUGCAUGGAAUCGACAGAAAUUGUUCAGAGCUUUUUGAGUGCAAAACGCAGGACGGGUACUGUUGCACCUUCAAUUAGGUGCGUGAAAGAAACGACAUUCCCGAAUAA